AUGCCUGCCUCACUACGGACCUUUGCCCCGCUCCUGCGGACGGCGCGCCUUUCCCUUAGACAGACACAGAACCCUUUGGUUGCGCUGCAGCGCGACACCAGGACACCAGUCCUCAACUUUGCCCGGACGUAUGCCGUCUACGAGCGCAGCAAGCCCCACGUCAAUAUUGGUACAAUUGGUCACGUCGACCACGGAAAGACAACUCUCUCCGCCGCCAUAACCAAGAGGCAAGCCGAGAAGGGCAUGGCCAACUUCCUCGACUAUGGCUCCAUCGACAAGGCCCCUGAGGAGCGGAAGCGUGGUAUCACUAUCUCGACCGCCCACAUCGAGUACUCGACCGAGAACAGGCACUACUCGCACGUCGACUGCCCGGGCCAUGCCGAUUACAUCAAGAACAUGAUUACCGGCGCCGCCUCCAUGGACGGUGCUAUAAUUGUCGUCGCCGCCUCGGACGGCCAGAUGCCCCAGACCCGUGAGCACUUGCUCCUGGCCCGCCAGGUCGGCGUCCAGAGGAUCGUAGUCUUCGUGAACAAGGUCGAUGCCCUCGAGGACCCAGAGAUGUUGGAACUUGUCGAGAUGGAGAUGCGCGAGCUACUCUCUUCCUACGGCUUUGACGGCGAGAACACCCCCGUUGUUCUCGGCUCCGCCCUCUGCGCCCUUGAAGGCAAGCGCCCUGAAAUCGGCGAGUCCAAGAUCGACGAGCUCAUGAAGGCUGUCGAUGAGUGGAUUCCGACUCCCCAGCGCGACACCGACAAGCCAUUCCUCAUGCCCAUCGAGGAUGUCUUCUCCAUUGGCGGCCGUGGCACCGUCGUCUCUGGCCGUGUCGAGCGCGGCACCCUGAAGAGGGACCAAGACGUUGAGAUCAUCGGCAAGGGCACCGAGAUUAUCAAGACCAAGGUCACCGAUAUUGAGACCUUCAAGAAGUCUUGCGAGGAGUCCGUCGCCGGCGACAACUCGGGUCUGCUGCUCCGCGGCGUCCGCCGCGAGGACAUCCGCCGUGGUAUGGUCGUCGCCAAGCCCGGCACCGUUAAGGCGCACAAGAAGUUCCUCAUUUCCCUCUACGCGCUCACCAAGGAGGAGGGCGGCCGGCACACCGGUUUCCACCAGAACUAUCGCCCGCAAAUGUUCAUCCGCUCCGCCGACGAGGCUGUCACGCUCAUGUUCCCCGAGGGCACCGAGGACCCGCACUCCAAGAUGGUCAUGCCCGGCGACAACGUCGAGAUGGUGGCCCAGCUCCACAACCCUAUCGCCCUCGAGGCCGGUAUGCGCGUCACCAUUCGCGAGGGCGGGCGUACCGUCGCCACUGGUCUCGUGACUCGUAUCAUCGAGUAA